AUGUUAACAAAAGCACAAUCCACUUUAAAAUCAGAAACAUGUCAGAAACCAGAUAUUGUUAAAAUGGAAGAUCAAGUUUCUCCUUAUCAUACUUCACCUUAUGGCAUUAUACCGUUACCACAUCUCACUAUGAAUACGGAUGUUAAAUAUGGUUUAUACGAGAACACUUCAGAUUUAGAUGGUCAAAAUAAUGCUUGCACAAAACGCUAUGAUGUUAAUGAUAUGUUACAACAGAUUUUAUCUAUUGUCGAUCAAAGUUUAGACGAAGCACAACAAAGAAAACAUGCUUUUAAUUGCAAUCGUCUCAAACCAGCAUUUUUUCAAGUUUUAUGUGAAAUUAAAGAAAAAACCGCUAUAAAUAUAAGAAAUCUGCCAGAAGACGAGCCACAAGAUCCACAAUUAAUGCGUUUAGAUAACAUGUUAAUUGCUGAAGGUGUUGCGGGUCCAGAACGAAGUGGUCCUACAAGUGGUUCAUCAUCAGCUAGUGCUUCAGCACUCGCAUCAAUUAAUGAUGAUUCAGCGCUAGAACAUAGUGAUUAUCGUGCAAAAUUGACACAAAUAAGACAACUGUAUCAUAGUGAACUCGAAAAAUACGAACAAGCAUGCAAUGACUUUACAAGUCAUGUUGUUAACUUGUUGAGAGAACAAAGUCGUGCACGACCAAUAAGUCCACGUGAAAUCGAUCGUAUGGUACAUAUUAUUCGCAAAAAAUUUAGUUCAAUUCAAUUACAAUUAAAACAAUCGACAUGUGAAGCUGUUAUGAUAUUAAGAUCAAGAUUUUUGGAUGCAAGACGAAAACGUCGAAAUUUUAGUAAAACGGCUACCGAGGUGUUGAAUGAAUAUUUUUAUUCACAUUUAAGCAAUCCAUAUCCAAGUGAAGAGGCAAAAGAUGAACUUGCAAGAAAGUGUGGAAUAUCAGUAUCUCAAGUUUCCAAUUGGUUCGGAAAUAAACGUAUUCGUUAUAAAAAGAAUAUUGGCAAAGCCCAGGAAGAAGCAAAUCUAUACGCCGGUAUUUACACCAUCAAUUAA